GGGCAAUUGACGCGUCUUCAGAAGCUGGGAAAGGUCGGUGCCGGUGCGAUCACCCAGAUUAUUUUGGGCGGAUUGAACCGCUUCCCCCCCCACCAACACGGCUCUGUGCACUGACCACCUCCAGCUGCAAUCAGCAGCCAUAUGUACCUACCGGGGCCUAUUGUUGAGACAUCAACCAUGCAUGCAGCUAGUUGCUUGUGACGCAAAGCAUUCACUUCACAUUCAGUUGCUGAAUAUGUAUUCUCUCUCGGCAUUCAUCAUGAAAGUCUGCAAGGGUAAUGAAGGUCUACAAGGGUAUCAUCGUACACACAUAAGGGCAUGGUCUCCAAAGUGGUGCGAGAUGCUUCCCUCUUCCUGCAGCAUGGAUCCAAUCCACAGCCGUCCGUCUUCCACCUCAGGGGCUCCGAACUUGACCACCACACAACCCCGUACGUUGGCGGCCGACCACAACAGCUUGCUGUUAUUUUCCAUCACGAGUCUCUCGGCCCUCCAUUUCUCUCGCGGAGUUGCCUGAGCUAACGCUGCUGCCUGCUUAGCAGCAUCGCUUCGGAAAUCACGAGCCCCAAGUCUCGGGAGAGCAGCGAACUCGGCCAGGAAGAAGUCUCCCAGCGACUUCAUCAGCGGCCCCCUGAGCAGCAGUGUCCCCACGAUACCCACGCCGUGCAUCGAGUCUCGCAGCUUGGCCAAUUCCGGGUGAGACCUGUUGCUGUCCAGGAUCACGGCAUCUCUGACAAGCAACCUUUCUCUCGAAUCCGUCUUUCCGUCUUCCUGAGCAGCAGGGAUAGUCCAUAUCUCAUUGCGCCCAACCCAUCGCACAAAACUCCAGUUCUCUCCUCGCGCAGUGCGACCCCGCGUGACCCAGUCGAGAAGACAUAUCGAGGCGUCCUCCUCAAGCCGAAAUAUCUGUGUUUGCUCAUACACACUCCCCGCGAAUGGCUGCACCGGAUCGGGCAAGAGGCAGAGUGCGCCUUCGGACGCAAUGUGGACAUGCAUGUCCUGUCGCGUGACGAUGUCGGGGGAGGUGGACGUGAACACCUUGGUGUGGCCUUGUGUGACGAUGGUCAGCUUGGCCUUGGCUCGUACCUCAACCUUAAGAUUGACCUUGUCGCCAGCCACCAGUCCGCCGCCGUAGGAAAGUAGGAAGAUCAGCACGCUCUCAUCUUCGGACGGCCGUGAAGGUGAGAUGAGUUUGAGAGGGUACUGGUAGGUGAAGGUCUCGAGGCCGGAGAUGCCCUCGGGUAGGAGCUUUGCCACGAGGUGGCCCUGCCCCGGAACGGACGUAGAUUUGGGAAAUGGGUGGAUGGGGUGCCAAGAGGGGAGGGUUGGCUAUGAGCCACUCUCAGAUGACCCUUAUCUGUUUAUCGCCGCCCAGGAACGGCCCCUGCCCCGCGCUCAGACAGGGGAGCCUGUAUCGUCCCCCACCUUGGCGUUGCUUGCGAUGCAGGCGCCCCCGGUCAAAAAGUUUGGUGGGGACAGUCAGAAUUCAGAACCUCUGCCAUCCAUGCUUCCCUUCCCCAUCUUCACACUUGCAACCUGCGAAAAACCAACGCGCCCGAUUCAACUGACAGUUGCUCAUUGUCUUGUCAACUCGCACCUACUACACCGAGUACCAGCAACCACUCCAGACCGUUCUUCUCAGUACGCGUGA